ACCCACAGAUGUUAUUGGCAGCACUUGACAUUUGUAUUUUCAUGUUCAGGAGCAGAAAGUAAACGUGAACUUUGGUUUACUUGUCGCAACCCAUUGCUAUUGUCUACGGCGCUCCUAACACUGAGUUCUCUUGGUUUAUUUCGGAUGGUGUUAGAAAAUUCAUUUCCAGUUCAGGAACUCCACUCUUAAAAGUCCUAUCAGAAUGCCCAAGAAAUUUGCAGGUGAGAAUAGCAAAGCUGUUGCUGCAAAAGCUCGUAAGGAAGACAAGAAAAAGGAUGAGGAAGCACGGAAACAGAAAGCCAUAGAUGAUGCAUAUUGGAAGGAUGACGAUAAACUCAUAAACCGAAAGACUCAAAGAAAGGAAGAACAAGAGAAAAAGAAGGCUGAAGCAUUACAAAAGAAAGCUGAAGCUAAGGCGCUUCUGGACGAGGAACUAAAUUCUAUUAAAGUUUCCACUGGCAAGCAACCAAUUAGCAAAAUCACACGUCAACAAAUACAGAUCGAGACCGAAAAACGUGCUCAAGCUGCACAGCCAAGUAAACCAGAGUUAGACACUCACAUUUCUCAGCCUUUAGUGGAAAAUGUCAACCGACUUGUAGUAGAUGGUGAGGAAGCAAGAACUGUUGAAGAAGCUAUUUCUGUUUUGAGUGUUAAGGACUCUGAAACUGAUAAACAUCCUGAAAAGAGAAUGAAAGCAGCAUUUACAGCUUUUGAAGAAGCUAACAUGCCAAGAAUAAAAAACGAAAAUCCAACUCUGCGAUUGUCGCAGCUUAAACAAAUUCUCCGCAAGGAUUGGAUGAAAUCGCCAGAUAAUCCUGCAAAUCAAAGACUAGCAUAGAUGGAGAACAGACUUUUCUUUUCGUUGAAAAUGUUUUUGACUUCUUCUGUCAUGAGGUAGCUGAUUGAAGACUGGAUGCAAAACCAACUGAAGUUGUUACUUUCAAUUUUAAAGAGCAGUUUUAUUAAAAUUGCUAUUGUAAAUAUACCUUCCUAAUUUGUUUAUUGCCACUUCUUUAAACUAUCUAAAUUAAUAAGAUAAAAACAAGUAAAUAAACAACAAUCACGGAAAA